UCAGACCAGGACAAGCAGAGCGUAGGAGAACAUCUUCCCGAGCUGACAUCCACUGAAGCAGCAGAGACUACUUGUUUUUUUUUUUUAUAAAUUAUUUUGAGAUGGGACCCUUUAAAUGUGUUUUUCUUCUCGCUUGCAUCUGUUUGGUUACUCAAGCAGAGGGACGCUCAACUUAUGCUGACAUGUUCCCCCAUAAGCACACAACGUCAGGAAAGUCUCCUUUUCCAAUCCCAUCGAUCCCUGGCUGGGGUCCUGACACCAAUGCAUGGGAUGACUACAUCUACCCGCCCGUAAAACCAAAGGCCAAGGAGCUCAUGCACAGACGAGGCAAGCCUACAGUCCGCCUCACCAGUGACAGCCCUGCUUUAAACGGCUCCAUCAUCUCCUUCACGGCCAAGCUGGAGUAUCCUCCAUGCCAGAAAGAGGAUGCCAGCGGGGACCUUGUAUGGGAUGAGCACUGCGACGACGCAAAUGGACAAGUGCGCUCUGGUUACGUGUACAACUGGACGUCCUGGAUGGAUGACUACGGAUUUGGGAAGUGCACGGACCCGAACAAAUGCAACGUGUUCCCCGAUGGGAAGCCUUUCCCUCAGAGCAACGACUGGAGGCGCAAGAACUACGUCUACGUGUGGCAUGCCAUGGGUCAAUAUUUUGAGACAUGCGACGGCUCCUCCUCCAGCCUGUCCCUCAACACCUCCAGCAUCCCACUGGGAGCAGAGUUGAUGGAGGUGCUAGUCUACCGUAAACGUGAACGCAGGAAGUACAGCCCCUUGAGUACUGACAACACUGUUUUCUACGUAACAGAUAAGAUCCCGGUGGCGGUGGACAUCUCCCAGAGGGCUGCGGUCAAUCAGUCUGACAACGUGUUCUUCCGCGGUGAGGAUGUGCUCUUUCAAGUGCACCUCCACGACCCCAGCGGAUACCUCAAAACUGCAGCGGCCAUCGACUACAUCUGGGACUUCAGAGAUGGCAACCAGUUGGUGACCCGUCGUGACGUGACCACGCACGCCUACAGCACGGUGGGCAACGUCACCGUCAAGCUGGUGGUGGAGGCGGCUUUUCCGGUGGAGUGUCCGCCUGCCACGGCCACGUCCGCCUCAACCGCAUCCACGCCACCGCCGUCUACUGAGUCUUCAACACCUCUGCCUGCCACUCAUCCUGUUACUAUGACGAUGACGACACACGCGAUGCCCAGUUUAGCUUCUGUCGCCAUGACAACUGGCAUCCCUACCACUGAGGUCCUCCCUUCCACCGAGCCCUCCACCCCGGUUUGGCUUCGCGGCAGGCGUGUGCUGGACAGCAAUGAGUGUUACCGCUACGUGUACGGGACGUUUGCGGGCAACAUCAGCAUCAUCGAGCCCAAGCACCCACGAAAGAGCCAAUCUAUCAGUCGUAUUGUUGACGUGAUGGCCGCCAGAGUAACCAAGACUGACAUCGCUUUCCUCGUUAAAUGCCUUGGCGGCAUCCCCACAUCGGCGUGUACCAUCGUGUCGGACCCAACUUGUACUUGGGUGCACAGCAUUAUGUGCGAUGAGGUGCCUCCAUCCGCAAAGUGCGAGGUGAACCUGAGGAGAACCUUUCCACAACCUGGCACCUACUGCGUCAACAUCACACUGGAGGACUCUCGCAGCUUCACUCUGACCACCACCACUGUCACCAUCAAUAAAGGCCAACAGGCACCCGAGUCCAGGACGCCCUAUACUGCUGAGGUGAUCCUCUCUACCAGCACCGUACUGGUAGCCCUUUUUGCACUUAUUGCAUGUCUGCUUUACAGACGCUACAAGGUGUACCGCCCCAUUCGUAGGUCCCUGGUGGAGGACGCCCGCAGUCGUGCUGGGGUCGGACGCGGAGUGAUACGCCUGAGGGAGGCGCUCUUCCCCUCCAGCGAGGAGCGCCAUUACCUGCUGACUGAGAGGCGCCCCCUGUAGGUGCCCCUCUGUCAUGGCACCUAAUGCCAACAUGCCGUAGCAAAAAAAAAAAAAUCAUUUAAGAUUUAUAUUCAUAAAAAUUGUAUGCCUGUGUUGAUUUGUUGGUAAUAGAUAAUAUCAAUAUGUGCAAUCUCCUGGUUCAUGUGAGAGGAUGUUACCUUGAGUAGAAUCCUUUUGUGCUGCAACAGUUAGUAGUUUAACACAAAAUGCUUGGACACUAAUAAAAGCAGUUAAAUCCUUGUCCAAAAAUGAGAAUUCUUU